CUGACAGUUAACCUCAAUAAAGUGGAAGAACACUGCCGUUUUAUCUAAAAUAAUUUGAAUUGUUUUUAAUUUAAUUCACAGACUAGUUGAAAUGGAAACUUGGAUGAAGUACGUUCAUCGUUUUUUCUGAAGAUGAAUUACAUUCACCGUCAUCAGUCGCCUUUGGCAUCUUUUACCUGUGAAAACCCCCUUGAUUCUUACCAUUGCAAACACUGCAAUUUUCGAACUGAACUAGCGUUGCCUUUCAAACAACACAUUAAAGACUGUCAUGGAAUUAAACAAGAAAACGACGAUUUAGUUGUACCACACAACAUUAAAAAGUACGUUUGUGGAAACUGCGGCUUGCAAACGCAUUUUUCGCUUAAAUGCUUACGUCAUGCAGUAACGUGCUCGAACAACAAGGGAAAUCUUCAGUGGCGUAAAUGUGAUCAAUGCGACUACAAAUACCAAGAUGAACAUUCGUUAAAAGAACACAAAACUGUUACGCAUUCAACAGAAACAAAAAACAUCAAGUGGUACGGUUGUGAAAAAUGCCAAUACAAAACCAAAUACUGCCAAUCUUUAAAUAGACACAUAAACUCGCGGCAUUUCGACGAAGCCGAAAUCAAGUGGCACCACUGCAGUGAGUGUACUUUCAAGAGCAAAGACAAAGACAGUUUGAAAAGUCACAUUAACUCGUGGCAUCUGGACGACCAGGACGCGAAAUGGUACGAAUGCAAGCGGUGUCUAUUUAAAGCUAAACGGAACAUAUCUUUGACCAGACACAUCAACGCACGGCAUCUGGACGUGCCAAAGGCCGGCAAGUGGUACGAAUGCCAACAGUGUCCGUUCAAGACUAGAGAUCCUUCGAGCUUGAGGAGGCACGUGAAAACCCAGCAUUUGAAUGGGAUGACUAUCACGUGGUAUCAGUGCACAGAGUGUCCGUUUAAAACAAAAAUUGAGGGGGUUUUACAGAAACAUCGCAUGAAUGGGCGGCAUUUGAACGGAGACGACGUCAGGUGGUAUGAUUGUGGAAAAUGCCAAUACAAAACCAAAAACCACCAGACUUUAAAGAAACACAUGAAUCGCCGGCAUUGAGUGAAGACUCUCGAUAAAAAAGAGUUUAGUUUGUUGGACUUUCACUUUCCAUCACUUGAAUAAACUUAUUAAUCAAU